AUGGCAAAGAGGGCAAAGCCCGGCCUGUUGGCAAGUAUCAGGUUCCUCAUUCAGGCUGUGGGUGAAAGCAUUAAGUCCUAUGUCCUCAAGGCUGUUCGCUGUGACAUCGCUGUUUGUGUGUCUGAUGGAACUGCAGGUGUAAAAUGUGGAGGAAUCCUCUCUGCUCCAUCUGGUAAUAUCUCCAGUCCAAACUUCCCGGGCCUAUAUCCUUACAACAUUGACUGUUCCUGGCUAAUAGUGGUGGCAGAGGGCUCCUCCGUCCUCCUCACCUUUCACCACUUUGAGCUGGAAUACCACACAAGCUGUGCUUACGACUACAUCAAAAUAUACAAUGGCAUAUCUGAGGAUCAGGGGAACCUCCUCGGGACAUUUUGUGGUGACAACUCUCCACCUCAGUUCACCUCUUCUUGGAAUGUCAUGUCUAUCAUCUUCCAUUCAGACCGUUAUGUGGCCUACAGAGGCUUCAGCGUUGGCUACAGGAAAGAUAUGUGUGGUGGGGUCCUGACCGGACUAUCAGGUGUAAUAUCCAGUCCAGGCUACCCUCAGGAGUAUAACAACAAUGCCGACUGUUCCUGGACCAUUCAUGUGUCUAACACGAGUGUCAUCACCUUGGUCUUUUUGGACUUUCAGCUGGAAAACAAUGAGGGAUGCAAUUUUGACUUUGUUGCCCUGUUUGAUGGCCCGACAAUAACGCACCGCCACAUCGGCAAAUACUGUGGGGCAGAUAAACCCCCCAACAUAGUCACAACUUCAAAUCAACUUCUGGUAGGCUUCAAGUCAGACUUUAACAUUGGAGGACGGGGUUUCAAGGCUUACUAUUACUCAGGUGAAUGCCAGCAAGCCUUGUCAGCUGUAAGUGGCAACUUUAGCAGUCCACAUUUCCCCAACAUCUACCCAAACAACAUCAACUGCCACUGGAGCAUCACCCUAGCAGCUGGAUACCGCAUCAAACUUUUCUUCACUGUCAUGGACUUGGAAGACCGCAACAGUCUAUCAGAUGAGUGUGACUAUGACUCUGUGGCAGUUUACGAUGGGAACAGCCAGACAGACACCCUGCUGGGACGCUGGUGCGGGAGGGAGCAGCCUCCGUCUCUCGUCUCAAAGGGAAACAAGCUGCUGGUAGUACUCAGCUCAGACAGAAAUGAAGCUCACAGAGGGUUCAGCGCUUCUUAUCUUGGAGUGGUGCCUGUAAACGUUAGCUGCACAAGAUCAGAGUUUACCAUUCUGAUACCCCUGCAGUCCCUACCUCAGCUGGACCGUGAGAGGAUCUACCUGGGAAACCCAACCUGUACAGCGCAGUUAACAACCACUUCAUAUAAAAUACUUGCUCAGUUUGUCAACUGUGGUACUGCCAGCCAGAAACAUCGGAACAUCACAAUGCUUGUAAACAAGCUCUACAUUGAUUUCUCUGAUGGGAAAGAGCAAAAUGUGCAAGAAUACAAGGUGCAGUGUGAUGCCCUGCGGAAAAUAGCGUCAGUGUCAAUCAUUACGGCCGAGGAGCGUCGUCUGGAGGAGCAGGCCCAGCAGACGGACAACGACAGCAGCGGCCUUGCAGCUGAUCCAGAGACUGAGCCUCAUGACUUGAGUGAUAUUGUCUUUAUUAGCAUAUGUGUUCUGGCUGUCAUUCUCAUGGUGAUAGCAAUUGUGUGGUUGGUGCUUCUGUAG